CGCCGGACCUGCGCUACCAAAACACCGAAGACCUCCGCAGCUUGUCAACAACCGUUCAAGAAGGUGUGCCAGCCUGCUAACUUUCUCAGCGUCCUACCGAGUAAAACUCCGAAGCUCCACCAAACCGUCGCCCACCUGUCCGGCAGACAGGCCGUCUCAAUGCAUUACAGAGGACCGAAAACACCGCAGCGACCAUGGAUGCGUACGAUUUGUUUAGUAGUUGCAGAAAGGGCGACAUUUGUAGAGUCAGAUACCUUGUUGAACAAAGAGAUGUGGAUCUCAAUGUAAAAGAUAAAUGGGACAGCACCCCUUUAUAUUAUGCCUGUCUCUGUGGUCAUGAGGAGCUGGUCCAGUACCUGUUGGCUAGUGGUGCCAAGUGUGAGGCCAACACGUUUGAUGGCGAGAGAUGCAUGUACGGCUCCCUGAGUGACUCCGUUCGACGCCUGCUCAAAGACUACAAGUGUGUCAGUGUCCGUGCAAUGCAGCGGGACGAUUUUAACUACUUUCUGCACAUGUUAUUAGAGCAGGGUCAGCACAGUGACGUCAAGUUUCUGGUUCAUGGACAAACAUUUCUGGCUCACCGAUGUGUCCUCAGCGCACGCUCGGAGUACUUCACUGAAAUGUUUGAGACCAAAUGGAACGAAAAGAACCUGAUCACCCUGAAACACCCCUUGAUCAACCCUGCAGCCUUUGGAGCCAUCCUGCAAUAUUUCUAUACAGGACGAAUGGAUAUCGACAUAAGUCUUGUGGAGGACAGCAGGAGACUCGCUAAGCAGUGCAAAAUGGCAGAUCUCAUAGAGGAGCUGGAGAGCAAAUGCAAGCAGGUGUAUGAAUUUGUGUCCAACAAGCCAGGGAUCUGUGUGAAAGUUCUCAGCCUGGAGCCUCACAGCUGUCAACUUCAGGAGGAGAUGGCUCAGUUAGCAGACUGUGCGCUGCCCACUGAACUAAGAGUUGGAUUUGGUGAACUUCCCUUUAACAGAGUCGACCGCUUUCCCACUUAUCCUGACAUCUGCCUCAGAGUAAAUGGUUACAACUUUUUGUGCCAUAAGGCAUUUUUCUGUGGACGCAGUGAUUAUUUUAAAGCCUUGCUGCAGGACCACUUCAGUGAGGGAGAGCAGCUGCAGUCUCAGCCCAACACCCCAGUGAUCACUUUACACAACGUCUCCCAUGAAAUCUUUAUCCACGUCAUGUAUUACAUUUACACUGACGACACAGAGCUAACGUCGGAGAACGUGUUGGACGUGCUGUGUGUGGCUGACAUGUAUCUACUGCCAGGGUUGAAGCGUCUGUGCGGGAAGACGCUCGCUAAGACCACAUGUGAGGAAAACGUUCUGUACAUGUGGAAGACGGCGAAGCUUUUCCGUCUCUCUCGGCUAGAAGAUCACUGUGCAGAGUUCAUGGCCAAGAUCAUUGAGCGGCUGGUGGAUCAGGCCGAGUUUGCCGAGAUCAUAAAAGAAGAUGCUGCAUCGUUAGAGGAGCGACAUGAGACAGACUCCGUUCCCCUGGUGGACGACAUCCGCUACCACAUCGCUAGCAACGUUCAGACGUACAGCGCCAUUGAAGAGGCCAAUCAGAAGCUGGAUGCCUUGGAGGAGCUGCUGUCUAGCAUUAAUAUUGACUGCUGAGGGAUCAGCAGGUUGUAGUUUGUGGCUUUUAAGGUGAAUACUUAAAAACAACUACAAGAGGUGGAAAGAAAAACAUAUAUGAGUGUAUGUUUGUUUCUUUUAUUUACAGUAUAUUGCAUAGAAUAUAUAUAUUUUAAAGCAGCUGAUAGUGAAGUUACAAGGGCAGAGUGGGACACAGCUGUCCAUGUUGGCCAUGAAAAGUUUCUUUAAGAAAAAACCCUUUGGUAUAAUGUAAAUCUGUUUGCAAGUUCUGCAAGAGGGGUUCUGAAGAAACUAUGUAUUUACAACAGAAUAUCUCUGCAUUGCACAUGCAUGAAUUUAUUUUAGCCUUUAGUUGUGGAUGCUGGAAUUUAGACUAGCUGAUUAUUUUUGCUCUUUAAAAAUGUAGUUUUGCCCCAACAAAAUUCCUGUGUUUUACGUUGAGCUUUGUGAAAUUUUCAUUUUUAUUUAUCCAGAAAAUAGUUCUUCCUCUCUUGAGCUCAGUUUGGGGUGACAUAUUUCAUGUGUAGAAGCAGUUAAGAUUUUGUUGAACUCUCCUGGAAAUUUUAUUUUGUAUUUGGCGGCUCACUGUUCAAACAGUGACAUUCCUCCAGCAUGAAUCCUUACACUUGACCCCUUGUAACAUACUCAUGCACUUUGUUUAAAUCUAAAAUUAUGAAUCUCUUUUCCAACAAGAUGCUCUUCCAUAGUGUGUGUACCAGAUGAUUAAGUUGUCAGCGAUGUCAUCCAUCGCUCAGCCUCACUCAGCUGUUAUGAACAAUGGAUAACUAUCUGUAUUUAAUUUUACCAAUAAACUUGGUAUUGCAAACACAA